AUGGCGAACCAAAGAGGAAUUUUCUACUUUAUCUAUGCUUUAGUGCUUGUUUCUUCCCUAUUGUUGAAAUGCCAAUGCGAAGAGAGAAAGGUUCACAUUGUGUAUUUAGGAGAAUUGCCUCGCGGAGGUGAUGGAGAUCAUGAUGGCACCACAGCAUCAUCACUGGCAUCCACACAACACCACUCCAUCCUUAGUAACGUGUUGGAAAGUGCUUCGUUAGCGCGUGAAUUAUUGGUCCACCGGUACCAUAGAAGUUUCAAUGGGUUUGCUGCAAGAUUAACCACGGAUGAAGCUGAAAAAAUAUCGAGAAUGGAGGGAGUGGUAUCUGUGAUUCCAAACCAGGUCUAUCAUAUCCAAACGACCCGUUCUUGGGAUUUCAUGAGAUUCAAUGUCAAUUCUCUCAUCAAUCACAACCCUUCUCUUUCUCACCAUGGCGACGUGAUUGUUGGAAUGAUAGAUAGCGGAAUUUGGCCUGAACAUGAGAGUUUUGACGAUGAAGGGAUUAGUCCUCCACCAGCUAGGUGGAAGGGAAGCUGUGAAGCUGCAAACUUCUGUAACAACAAAAUCAUAGGAGCGCGGUAUUACCACAUCAACGCAACAUCACCAAGAGACCAUGUAGGCCACGGCACGCAUACUUCGGCGACGGUGGCCGGACGGGAAGUCGCAAACGCAAGCUAUUCGGGUCUCGGCAGAGGCACCGCCAGAGGUGGAUUUCCCAACGCCAAGAUUGCAAUGUACAAUGUUAUCGGGUACAAUGUUAUCGGGGGUGCUGAAGCUUACAGUGACGAUAUCCUCAAGGCAUUCGACGAUGCCAUUGCUGACGGUGUCGACAUCAUCUCGAUUUCUAUGGGUUUAAAUGGUCCAUCCCCAUCCAGGUAUUUCCAUGAUGCUAUUGCAAUUGGAGCAUUUCAUGCCAUGAAAAAUGGCAUCUUGACCUCAGCCGCAGCUGCGAACAAUGGCCCGGAACGAGUUACCCUACAAAACUUUGCACCCUGGACGCUCACCGUUGCUGCCAGCACCAUUGAUCGUAAGUUUAACACUCGGGUUAUGCUCGGAAAUGGACGAUUUGUCAAUGUAAUUUCAGUGAAUAACUUUAAGGGGAUUGCUUACCCUUUAGCCUAUGGAGGAGAUAUAGCAAAUUAUACCGGAGGCUCGGAUCCACAUCUUGCACGCACUUGUAGUCCUGGUUCCAUGGAUGUUAACAAACCUGCCGGGAAGAUCGUCCUGUGUUAUCCUGGUGAUCAGUACAUUACUGUGUGGCUUCCACCACUUCAAGAACUUGAUGCUCAGGGGGUCAUCAUUGUUGUUUCUACACUAUCUGAAGCCAUGAAUUAUCCUUUGCCAGCAACAACCAUAACUGAAGAAGAUAGUCACAUAAUUUUAGAUUACAUCAGAAGUACAGAAAAUCCAUUUGCAACUAUCUUGGUAGCAGAUGAACAUAAGGACCUUACAGCUCCAACUGUGGCUUCUUUCUCUUCAAGAGGACCAAAUGCUAUUUCUCCAGACAUCCUCAAGCCUGAUAUUACCGCUCCCGGAGUGGACAUCCUUGCGGCCUGGCCUCCAAAUACCGGACCCAGUGGAUUCGAAGAAGACAAACAAAGUGUCAACUACAACAUAAUUUCUGGAACCUCCAUGGCAUGUCCUCAUGCUACUGCUGCUGCCGCUUAUGUCAAGGCUGUCCAUCCUGAUUGGUCUCCUGCUGCCAUCAAAUCUGCCCUCAUGACAACAUCAUUCCGAAUGGAUCCGAGAAAGCACGCUGAACGGGAAUUUGCUUAUGGAGCUGGUCAUCUCAAUCCUGUUGCUGCUGUGGAUCCUGGUCUUGUCUUUGAUGCUAAUGAGACAGAUUACACCCACUUCCUUUGCAAGCAGGGUUACAACAGCACUACCCUGAAAGUUGUCACUGGCGACAACAGUACUUGUAACAAUGUUGCAGAUGGAAGAGGUUGGGAUCUUAACUACCCGUCUUUCUCACUGUCCUUACUAGAUGACCAGGAAAUCAAUGCAACUUUCAUCAGAACCGUGACAAAUGUUGGUAAGCCCUCAACUUACAAAGCUAGUAUCCAAGGUGCUGAUGCAUCAACCAAGUUCAAGGUUAAAGUGGAGCCAUCAGUCCUUAACUUCUCCUCUGUUGGGGAGAAAAAGUCAUUCACAGUUGAAGUCACUGGGCCAAAGAUUUCACAGCAACUGAUCAUGUCCGUUCAUGUAGUGUGGACAGAUGGCGUUCAUGAAGUCAGGACACCUCUGGUGGUGUACAACUACAUCCCUGGAGCGCCAUAUAGCUGA